AGCGCCAUCCUUUGAAGUGCGCAUAGAGGCGUUUCCUGAACUGGUCGCCCAAUCAGCUUCCUCUGGCUUCGGGAACAAAGAACAAGAGUCCCAUUUGUUCCUCUAUCAAAUAAAGAGGAAAGUUACAGCACACCGGGACAAAACAGCAAGAUCUCCGUUGGCUAAACGCUACAUAUGAAAAUGAUGCAUUCAGUAUUUUGGCUCUUGCUUCUGCAUUUCAGAAUACACCCGGGACAUGCUUGGGUGGCCAGUAACUUUCUUAUGACGGGGCCAAAGGCCCAUUUUACCUUUGCAAGAAGCGUGCAGGUGGGCACCCAGAGAGGGAUUGAAGAGUGUAAACACCAGUUUGCGUGGGACAGAUGGAAUUGUCCUGACAGCGCAACCCAGCUGAAAGGUCUGAGACUAGCCACCAGAGAGACGUCAUUCAUCCAUGCCAUCAGUGCAGCAGGAGUCAUGUACACCCUCACUAGGAACUGUAGUAUGGGAGAUCUUGAAAACUGUGGCUGCGAUGUUUCAAAUAAUGGAAAAACUGGUGGUAGAGGAUGGUUAUGGGGUGGAUGCAGUGAUAACGUGGAUUUUGGGGAGAGGAUUUCCAGACAGUACGUGGAUGCGCAGGAGUCAGGGCAAGACUCCAGGGCUGCAGUCAACCUGCACAACAACGCUGCUGGACGGCAGGCCGUGACAGCAACAAUGAAGCGCAUCUGCAGAUGUCAUGGCAUGUCUGAGAGCUGCAGCGUUCAAACAUGCUGGACGCAGCUGUCUGAUUUUAGAGAAAUCGGCAAUUAUUUAAAAAUUAAACACGGUCAAGCUCAAAAACUGGACAUUGACAAGAAGCGGAUGCGAGCAGGAAACAGCGCGGACAACCGAGGAGCCAUCGUGGACGCAUUCGGCGGGAUAGCCCAGACAGAGCUCAUCUACCUGGAGGAUUCUCCGGACUACUGCAAGAGAAACACAAGCCUGGGGCUUCAGGGCACGGAGGGCCGGGACUGUCUGCAGCAAGGAGACGGUUUGACCCAGUGGGAGAGAAGGAGCUGCCGCAGGUUGUGUCACGAGUGCGGCCUGAAGGUGGAGGAGAGGCGGACGGAGGUGGUGAGCAGCUGCAACUGCAAGUUCCACUGGUGCUGCAGGGUGAACUGCGAGGACUGUUCUCAGGUCAUAGUCAAGCAUGUGUGCGCCAGGAGAGACAGCGGGGACGGGUUUAGACGGAGAUAUCGUGGACCCAAAUGAAAAUAAUUCAGUUUUUAUGUACCUAUAAUCUAUAUUUGUGCACUUUGAA